ACGUACAGUGGUUAUUGACUAUGCAAUUUUAGUGACAGUGAUUGUAGAUUUAAUUUAAGCUUUAUGAAGUUCUUAGUGAGAUAAUGUUAGAUAUGGAAACAGAGAAAGUCAUAGAAGAUAGUUUAAAUAGCAGUCAACAGUUUUCGCCGAUGACAAUACUACCGCCGUAUGAUCCCGCAAGGAAAAAAGAGACCCCAGGUACACCACAGUUUACAUCGGAAAGAGAGACGUGUCUCAAGUACUUUGAGAGAUGGAGCGAACAAGACCAAAUAGAGUUUGUAGAACAUCUGUUGUCACGGAUGUGUCAUUAUCAGCAUGGACAUAUAAACACCUACCUCAAACCCAUGCUGCAGAGGGACUUCAUUUCACUGUUACCAAAAAAAGGAUUAGAUCAUGUUGCAGAAAAUAUUUUGUCGUAUUUGGAUGCGGACUCGCUUUGCUAUGCGGAACUCGUGUGCAAGGAAUGGUACCGUGUGAUAUCCGAAGGCAUGCUAUGGAAAAAGUUGAUAGAAAGAAAAGUUAGGACAGACUCAUUAUGGAGAGGAUUGGCGGAAAAGAGGGGCUGGAUUCAAUUUUUGUUCAAGCCUAAGCCUGGAAAGCAGCAUCCAAAUCACAGCUUUUACAGAACAUUAUUUCCUAAAAUUAUUCAAGAUAUUGAAAGCAUAGAAAAUAAUUGGAGGACGGGACAGCAUGUGCUUCAAAGGAUCAAUUGCAGAUCAGAAAACUCUAAAGGUGUCUACUGUUUGCAAUAUGACGACCACAAGAUAGUGUCAGGCCUAAGGGACAAUACAAUUAAAAUAUGGGAUCGCAAUUCUCUGCAAUGUGUGAAGGUGCUGACAGGACACACAGGCUCAGUUCUCUGUCUGCAGUAUGAUGACAAGGUGAUCAUCAGUGGGUCCAGUGAUAGCACAGUCAGGGUGUGGGAUGUAGUGACAGGAGAGAUGGUCAAUACUCUUAUACAUCACUGUGAAGCCGUGCUGCAUCUUCGCUUCAGCAAUGGCAUGAUGGUCACCUGCUCCAAGGAUCGGUCGAUAGCAGUGUGGGACAUGUCUUCCCAGACUGAGAUCACGUUACGUCGAGUGCUGGUGGGCCACCGUGCUGCUGUCAAUGUUGUUGACUUUGAUGAGAAGUACAUUGUGUCAGCAAGUGGUGAUAGGACAAUCAAAGUGUGGAAUACUUCGUCUUGUGAGUUUGUGCGCACACUCAACGGCCACAAGCGGGGGAUUGCGUGUUUGCAAUAUAGAGACAGAUUAGUUGUCAGUGGAAGUUCAGACAACACUAUUAGGUUAUGGGAUAUUGAAUGUGGAGCUUGUCUAAGAAUUUUAGAAGGCCACGAAGAAUUAGUGCGAUGUAUUAGAUUUGAUAGUAAACGAAUUGUUAGUGGUGCAUACGACGGCAAGAUCAAAGUAUGGAAUCUAGUGGCAGCUCUGGACCCUAGAGCACCUGCCAACACCCUGUGUCUCCGCACUCUUGUGGAGCACACAGGACGCGUAUUUCGACUGCAGUUUGACGAGUUCCAGAUCGUCAGUUCAUCUCACGAUGACACCAUCCUUAUCUGGGACUUCCUCAACCACUCUCCAGCGAACAUGAUCAGUGACACUGCCUGUCCAAUGAUGGGUUAUGAAGGCUAACCUCUCUUGGUGUUCAGCUGUGGCGUCCGCAGUGUGGCGUAGAUCGCUCGUAGCAGCUUCGCUUCUCUACCCCGGGUAGAUGAAUAUUCACUUUUGUUAGUUUACAAUGACCGGUGCGUGUACACAGAGCCACGGUAUGAGCCGUGUCAGGUCAAACUGUUUAAAUCAUCAGAUUAUUAUGUUCCUCGAUAUUGUUGUAAAACAACUAUUUAUGACUGUAUUAUUUCACAUAGGAAAUCGUUUUAUACCAGUUAUUUAUCUUGAAACUUGUUUUAGUUACGCUGUGUAGCAAUAUGUUGAUUGUACAUAAUAGUGAGCAAUGCUUAGGUGAAUGGAUGUAGUGAGAGCGAAAUUGUUUGUAUCUAAGAAAUAAAUUCUGAUCUAUUCAUAAGCCGAAAAAAUCUUAAGUUUUAAAUAGUGCGUUUUGUAUUUUUGUGUUAGUAUUUUAUAUAUUUUUUUUAAGUUUUUUUACGAUGUGCAGAAUUGUUUAUUAGUUAUCAUCAUCCAUGUGAAAUCAUUUUAUAAAUUACGUAAUGAUUUAAAAAAGUUUUAUCCUAAUUAAUUUAUUAUUCGUAUAGUAUAUUUAUACUUCCCAUGGACUUUAAGUUAAUAUAGGCUAUUCGAUUUGUUUAGGGACUAAGAAAUACAUUUUUGUGGUUGUACAGUUGUUAAUGUAUAUUUUGUUGGCUUUUUAAGUAUACGUGUACAUAAUUAAUUAAAUUAAGUUCGAUUGUGUGCAAAAUAAUUUUGUUAAUUAAUAAUUUAUUAAAAGUCGUUAUUAGAUUGGAAACGAUAUUUGAAUUGUAAUUUGUAGCAACUACUGAUGUUUAGACUGUUUCUGUUGAGCACAAUGAUGGGAGCAUUAACAGUACGGUAUGUGAUGUAUUAAACUCUACAUUGUAUGCAUAACUACGCAGUUCUGAACUGCAUUUCGUCGAUAUUAAAUGUACAUAGAAGUCUCAAAA